AAGCCCAAUGCUGUUCAAUCUAGUUCUCUAGAGACCUACUCUAUCUGGCCUCUCUUUCCCUCCACCGUCCCUCCUCCAUCCCUCCUCCGUGAUUCAAGCCCCACAGAUCCUCCGCUAGUCGAUCACAUUGAAGACGUCGCAAAAUGGGAAUAAUUGAAAGAAUUAAAGAAAUCGAGGCCGAGAUGGCUCGGACUCAGAAAAAUAAGGCCACGGAAUAUCAUCUUGGUCAGCUGAAGGCAAAGAUAGCAAAGUUGAGGACGCAGUUGUUAGAGCCUCCAAAAGGUUCAAGUGGAGGUGGAGAGGGUUUUGAAGUUACCAAAUAUGGCCAUGGGCGUGUUGCACUCAUAGGAUUUCCCAGUGUGGGAAAGUCCACACUUUUAACAAUGUUGACAGGCACUCAAUCAGAAGCUGCCUCCUAUGAGUUUACAACACUUACUUGCAUUCCUGGGAUUAUACAUUACAACGACACCAAAAUUCAGCUACUUGAUCUUCCUGGAAUUAUUGAAGGUGCGUCUGAAGGAAAGGGGCGUGGUAGACAGGUUAUUGCUGUUUCCAAGUCUUCAGACUUAGUCUUGAUGGUUCUUGAUGCCUCAAAAAGUGAGGGCCAUCGCCAGAUUCUAACAAGGGAGCUGGAAGCAGUGGGUUUGCGUUUGAACCAGAGACCACCUCAAAUAUAUUUCAAGAAGAAAAAAACUGGUGGUAUUUCAUUCAAUAGUACACUUCCUUUAACUCAUGUUGAUGAGAAGCUCUGCUAUCAAAUUCUACAUGAGUACAAAAUUCACAAUGCAGAGGUACUCUUUCGAGAGGAUGCUACAGUUGAUGAUCUUAUUGAUGUAAUUGAGGGGAACCGUAAGUACAUGAAAUGUGUGUAUGUCUACAACAAGAUUGAUGUAGUUGGGAUUGACGAUGUAGACAAGUUAGCCCGUCAGCCCAAUUCUGUUGUCAUUAGUUGUAAUCUCAAGUUGAACUUAGACAGACUACUAUCUAGGAUGUGGGAGGAGAUGGGCCUUGUUAGGGUUUAUACCAAGCCUCAAGGCCAACAACCUGAUUUCUCAGAUCCAGUUGUUCUUUCUGCUGAUAGAGGUGGCUGUACAGUCGAGGACUUCUGCAAUCAUAUCCACAGGAGUUUGGUUAAGGAUGUUAAAUACGUGCUUGUAUGGGGUACAAGUGCAAGGCACUAUCCUCAGCAUUGUGGCCUUGGUCAUGUUCUUCAUGACGAGGAUGUGGUCCAGAUUGUUAAGAAAAAGGAAAAGGAAGAGGGAGGGAGAGGUCGUUUCAAGUCACAUACAACAGGUCCAGCUCGAAUAUCUGACAGAGAAAAGAAGGCUCCUUUAAAGACUUAAUUACAGCAUUUGAUAAUACCACGCAGAUCUGGAGUGUGCUUGUUUGAAGUAGAGCUACUACUCGUUGAAGAUUGUGACAUAUCCGGUUAGUUUUAUAUCCUCAAUCGAUCCACGAAGGUUCUGAUGAGAGACUAUUGUGUUGCUUUCACUGGCUCUGCUCAGCAUCGGCAAGUCUUUCUUAGACCAUGAUGUUAUUGGAAGUUAUUGAUAAGAAAUCCUUUGUAUUUUAAAUGUUUGGAUUGACUAGAACUACAAUUCCAUGCAAUGUUCUCAAAAUUAUGAAUUUAUGAAAGAUAGGCCAAAACUUUUAUCUGUUA